CUCUCAUCUGUAUCUUCUACAUUUCAGGACUCUUCUGGUUGAACCUGUAAUCGAGUAGCAUUUUGCUUUUGCUCUCCUCUCGCGUUCUGAUUCUGCACACGGCUCCUCUUUCUCUCCCCUCUUCUCCUUUUCCAAUUCAAUUCUGAAGUGGUUUUCGGGUCUUUGCCAAUGGCUACUAAAUCUGUCGUAGAUUUAAUAGAGUCAUCCUCUGGGGUUCAUUUUUCUGGAUUUCACAUGGAUGCAUUGGAGAAAAUAAAUGCUGGGACAGAGCCACCAACAACUUCAGUAGCUGAACACAUGUAUAAUCAACCAUUUGUGAUAGGUGUUGCUGGUGGAGCAGCAGCUGGGAAAACUGAAGUUUGUAAUAUGAUUAUUCAGCAACUUCAUGACCAACGAGUUGUAGUUGUUAAUCAGGAUUCUUUCUAUCAUAAUUUGACGGAAGAAGAACUUACUAGAGUACAAGAUUACAACUUUGAUCAUCCUGAUGCUUUUGAUACUGAGCAAUUGCUAGGAGUUAUGGACAAAUUGAAGCAUGGACAAGCUGUAGAUAUUCAAAUUUAUGAUUUCAAGAGUUAUAAAAGGGAUUCAUCUCCAUCUAGACGGGUAAACCCUUCUGAUGUAAUAAUUUUGGAAGGAAUUCUUAUUUUUCAUGAUCCACGCGUUCGGGAGUUGAUGAAUAUGAAGAUAUUUGUUGACACAGAUGCUGAUGUUCGACUGGCUAGGAGGAUCAAGCGUGAUACAGUUCAGAAGGGUCGGGAUAUUGGUACUGUGCUUGAUCAGUAUUCUAAAUUUGUCAAGCCAGCUUUUGAUGACUUUAUUCUUCCAACAAAGAAGUAUGCUGAUAUCAUUAUACCCCGUGGAGGAGACAAUCAUGUGGCAAUUGAUUUAAUUGUACAGCAUAUCCGCACAAAGCUUGGUCAGCAUGACCUGUGUAAAAUAUAUCCUAACCUUUAUGUGAUACACUCAACUUUUCAGAUACGGGGUAUGCAUACCCUGAUACGUGAUUCUCAGAUAAAAACACAUGAUUUUGUAUUUUAUGCUGACCGUUUGAUUCGUCUGGUUGUUGAGCAUGGCCUGGGACAUCUACCAUUUACAGAAAAGCAAGUAAUCACUCCGACUGGGUCUGUAUACACUGGUGUUGAUUUCUGUAAGAGGUUGUGUGGAGUCUCAGUCGUCAGAAGUGGGGAGAGUAUGGAGAAUGCUUUACGAGCAUGCUGCAAAGGUAUCAAGAUUGGCAAAAUUCUUAUUCAUAGAGAAGGGGAAGGGGACAACAGUCAGCAGCUGAUAUAUGAAAAAUUGCCGAAUGAUAUCUCAGAUAGGCAUGUGUUACUGUUGGAUCCCAUCCUAGGCACAGGAAAUUCGGCUGUACAAGCAAUUUCUUUACUUAUAAAAAAGGGUGUACCAGAGUCUAACAUCAUAUUUCUCAAUCUCAUAUCGGCACCCCAAGGCGUGCAUGUGGUCUGCAAAGCCUUUCCCAGAAUAAAAAUCGUGACAUCUGAGAUUGAGUUGGGCCUGAAUAAGGACUUCCGUGUCGUACCAGGCAUGGGCGAGUUUGGGGACCGGUAUUUCGGCACAGAUGAUGAUCAGCAGGUGGUGGUCCCUUCACAGUAGUUAUUUUACAUAUAAAAGACGUUGGAAAAAGGUUGAAAUUUGCUGAACUGAUGUAGUGAUGAAAACCAAAGCUCAGUCUUAUGCUCAACUGGGCCUAGAAUCAUAGUAUUGUGACCAAGUUGCCUUGGGUUUACAAACUUAGGUACACGUGUAAUUCUUCAAACCGACUUUUAACCUUUCUACUGUACCAGACUUGCGCUUUAGAUGUUGGUUUCCUUUCCAGGUACUUUAUAUCUUGAUACAUUUAGUUAUGAACCUGGAGAUGAAUGGAUAUAAAUCACUUUGAGUUAA